AUAACGUUAUUUCUCACCAGGUGGAUCAAAAGAGACGUCCGCGCCUCUAUCCGGCAGUUUGCUCACACACAGACCGAUUCCUACUCAAUUUCAAUGAUGUUCAAACAAAUUUGGUUCUUUCUGCCUACUGCCGUUUUUGCUCAUAGUUGGGUGGAGAGGGCGUACGUUUUCAAGGACGGAUCCAUCACAGGAGAUCCAGGUUAUCCACGUGGGAAUGUACUCAGAACCCCUACAUUUCUUGAUCAAGAUAUGACAUAUCGCCUACCUCCUACCGGACGUACGCCAAACAAGAUUCUUCCUGAAGAUCAUAUAUGCAUGAGCUCUCAGCGUUCACAUAACUAUACUGAAGAUAGCCCUGUCUUAUCUGCACGGGCAGGUGACGAUAUUCUACUAAUGUAUCAGGAGAACGGCCAUGUGACAAGGAUUGACCAAGACGCGGGACAUAAUCGUACUAGUGGCACUAUCAUGGUAGUAGGUACACCAAAUGAAUCCCUCGCUAACAGUUUUCAGUCUGUCAUGUCCCCUAUGAACAACUACACGGAGACGCUCAAGGUAGGCAGCUUUGACGAUGGCUUAUGUUACCAGGCAAACGAAACACCAAAAUCAAGAUACAGGCAAUCCUUGCCCCAGCGAGCUCAUCUAGAUAGCGAAGGCAUCAAUUUGUGGUGUGGUAUAUCCGUACAUCUACCACCGCUGUUGGAACCAGGAGACACAUAUACACUGUACUGGGUAUGGUUCUUCAAUGGUACAGGAUUUGAAGAGGUAUAUACGACGUGUCUAGACGUCAAAAUUAUCAUGUAG